AGGCCUACUUGUGAAGAAGAGGAUAUUCUCUGUUGGCUGACUUGACAACGAAUUUACAGAGUUUUGUUGCUAGGGAAUGUCUUCACAUCCUGUCUGUAUUCCUACAUGACUGUGUGGGGCAAUAUUCGGAAUGAAGCUGUCAUCAUGUCUUCCAUGGGCAAUGGCACUGAUAUCGAAGAAUUCUUGGUCAACAUUAACUUGGGACAGUAUCUUUCAAACUUUAAAGAACAUGGCUAUAACAUGGUGACAGAUUGUGUGGGAAUGAGUAACAGUGUGCUUCAGCAAAUGGGAGUGUUGCCUACUGGGCACCGCAGGAGGAUUCUUAAGCAGUUGGAUACCACUUUUUUAAAAAUGCAAGAAAAAUAUAUUUUCUCUGAAAAUCUAAAGCUCAAAGACUUGAAAGGAUUAGAGGAGAAGCAAUGUUCGUCCUCGGAUCAGGAAUCCUCAAUAAGCGAUUUAAAUGUAGAUGGGUCUGCAAAAACCAGCUUGAUAUCUGCAACGUUGCCAGUACAACCUGCUAAUAAAAGUCAUGUUGGUAAAGGCAAGCUCGAGCUUGCAGAGCAAAACUUAUCGGAGGGAAAAGAUGAUAACUUUACAGAUUUGGAAUUUUCUAGUUUAUACCAGAAUUCAGACAGCAUACUAAAAGCUAUCAAUCUAAGUAGAAGUAUUGAAACGAAUGCUCAGCCGGAUGCAUCACUGGAAGAAGCUGCUGCAUACCAAGCUGAUGAGCACUUGGAUGGCCAUUCAGCAUUUUCCCAUCCUCCUCCUUCGUUCGCUUAUUCAUGUGAGACAAAAUCCAGUGAAAACAAACAGCCGAUGUUUGCAGAUGAGGACAAUUUAUCUGACAGUGAGCCAAAUUCUCCAUUCUUUCAGUUUAAAGGAGAAAUGAUAGACAACGACUUAUAUGAUUCUUGUGCACAAAGCUGCACGAAAGCUGUUCCAAGAACAAGCCGGUCUUUUAUUUUAAGGCAUCGACCUGUUCCAGAAAUCCCAGAUUCAAGUAAAGUUGAAACUUUAUCAAGUUCCCUUCAGAAAAGAAGAAAUGUGGAGCUUUUAAAUAUAGCUUGUACUGGAAGACAGAUUUCACAGAAAAAUACUUUCACAGAAGAAAAGCCACCCAUCAUCUCUCCGUAUGGAGAAACCUUUCUUUGCAACAACCCUAACAAUGCUAAAGAACUUCAUGGAAGUGAAUUCUUGGAUUAUGAGAAUAAAUUGGAUUUGGAAAUGAAUGAAGAACACUCUUUUCACAAGGAAUGCUGUUCCCUUAACAACAAGGAAGAGAAGACAAAGGCCUGUGUGAGGAGUGAAGCUCUGUCUUCUGAGAACAAAGCAGUGCUACCAGAAGAGCUUGAAAGUGAAUCUGUAUAUUCUAUUGUGGAACAACAUUCUUUGUCUUUAAAGAAAAAGAAAAGUAAAGCGAAAUCCCAUUUAUCAUCAUCUAGUAAAAUCCACAGUGAAGAUUCAAAUUGCUUGGUCAGUAAGGGAAUGCAUCUUCGGACUUUUGAUGGAGAUCCAGCUUUGACUGUGAAUGAGUCAAUAACACCAUAUGCUUGUUUUUAUGGACCAUCAGCAAAGAAGGUUAAAGCUGGAUGGCUGGAUAAAUUAUCUCCUCAAGGCAAACGAAUGUUUCAGAAACGCUGGGUCAAGUUUGAUGGAGACAGCAUUUCCUAUUACAAUAAUGAAAAGGAAGUGUUUUCUAAGGGAAUAAUCCUUCUUUCUGCAAUAGCAACAGUAGGAGUUCACGGGGAGAAUAAAUUUGAAGUCGUCACAUCCCACAGGACUUUUGUCUUCCGGGUGGAUAAAGAAGAAGAAAGGAAUGACUGGGUUAAUACGAUGCUUAAUGCCUUGAAAUCGCAGUCUGAUAAUAACUCUCAGCCUCGAACUUCUGUUGCCCCUGAGAAAUGUGGAUAUCUUGAACUGAAAGGAUACAAAGCCAAAAUUUUUAUUCUACUUCAGGGGAAUACAGUGUGGAUCUGCAAAAAUGAGCAGGAUUUUAAGUCAGGAUUUGGUAUCACUUUAAUCCCGAUGAAUGUGGCAAAUGUAAAACAAGUGGAUCGGACUGCAAAACAGUCGUUUGAAAUAAUUACUCCCUAUAAAAGCUUUAGCUUUACAGCAGAGUCGGAAAGAGAGAAACAAGACUGGAUUGAAGCACUGCAGCAAUCGAUAGCAGAAACUCUGUCUGAUUAUGAAGUAGCUGAGAAGAUUUGGUUCAAUGAGUCAAACAGGAGCUGUGCUGACUGCAAAGCUCCCAAUCCUGACUGGGCAUCCAUCAAUCUCUGUGUUGUCAUUUGUAAGAAGUGUGCAGGACAACAUAGGUCUCUAGGACCAAGGGAUUCAAAGGUCCGGAGCCUAAAGAUGGAUGCCAGCAUUUGGAGUAAUGAACUUAUUGAGCUCUUUAUCAUCAUUGGAAAUAAGAGGGCAAACAGCUUUUGGGCAGGAAGUCUUUCUCCAGAUGAAGAACUGCACAUGGAUGCCUCUGCAGAAAAAAGGAUAGCAUUCAUUACAAAAAAAUACAAGGAGGGCUGUGAUUUCUAA